AUGGAGAUCACCCAUGAGCGGGAUAUUAAAUAUUGCGAUGAUUAUUACAUGAAUCUUUCUGAAGCUGAGCAUACUGUAGGAUGUUACGAUAUUUACAAAUUAAAAUUAGGGUUAAAUAAUUCUAUUGGAGAAAAACAUUCAGAAAUUUUGCAUAGCGAGUCCAUAACUAUAGAGGAAACCAAAGAAUAUCAUAGUAAAACAAAUGCCGAUGUUAACAUCAAAGGUCUGCAUGGCCAGACACCUUUACAUUUGGCCGCUUGGAGGGGAGACGAAUCUCUUGUGAAUCAGCUGAUAUCAAAAAAUGCAAAUUUAAACGUUUUCGACGAUUGCUAUGACACUCCUAUUCAUUACGCAGUACGAGGAGGACAUCUCAAUAUAGUUAAGAAACUUCUCGAUCAUGGCGCUGAUAUCAAUAUUAGAGAUUAUUAUGAUUUCACACCACUAUACAUAGCUGUUGUUUUCUGCCAUGAAUCGAUAGUAAAUUUAAUAUUGACAAAGAAUGUAAGUGUAGAUAUCACGGGCGCGAAUGGUAAUACAGCCUUGCAUACAGCAAUAAGAAAAAUGAAUAAAAAUAUAACUGACUCUCUUCUGAAAAAUGGAGCUAACGUCAAUAAGUUGAAUAUUGACCACGAGUCACCUUUGAUGAUGGCUACUUCGCAAGGAAACGAAGAUAUAGUAAAUUUAUUGUUGUCAAAGAAUGCUAGUAUAGAUCUGAAGAACGCGUUUGGUAAUACUGCCUUGCACUUCGCAGUAAUGAAAAAGGACAUAAACAUAGCAAAAGUUCUUGUUAAUAAAGGCGCUAACGUCUCUGUCCAAGGGGAAACCGGAACAACACUAUUGAUGGCCGCUGCUUCGAAUGGUGAUGAAGCAAUGGUUAAUUUCACUUUUUCAAAAAAAGAUUUAAAUAUAAGAGACAAUUUCGGUAAUCAGGCAAUACACUUUGCAGCUCAGGGUGGAAACAGUAAAAUAAUUGAGAUGCUUCUUGGCCACGGUGCGGAUGUCAAUAGUGAAGGGGAACAUGGUGAAACGCCUCUACAUUUUGCAGUUCGGAAUGACGAUACAAUUUUGAAAGAUGACGAAUUUGAAAAUAAAACAGUCUCUGUAAUGAAAACCCUCUUGGAUCACGGAGCCGAACUGAAUGCACAAAGUUAUCUGAAACAAACAGCGCUCCAUAGAGCUGCUGCUGGAGGUUAUGCUGGAGUCGUUGACUACCUGCUGUCCUGGAACGCCAGCUUGAGUAUCGAAGAUUAUCUUUGCUUCACCCCAUUCCAGUGGGCAGCUAGUAUUGGAAAUGUUAAAGUGCUAGAUAUUUUGUUAAAACACGGGGAUGAUGUCAAUAGAAACGGAUGUAAUGGUGUCACAGCCCUUCACAUGGCAAUUAGAAGGAAUGACACUGCUUUCAUUAAAUAUCUUCUAUCCAAGAAUGCUGAUCCAAAUAUAAUGAGCGAAGACGGACAGACCCCUUUAGAUUUAACUUUUGAUCCUUUAUCUGAAAAAUUUAUGAAAUUACUUUUUACUCAUGGAGCCAAAGUGGAAGAUAACAGUUUCUUAGGAUCGAAAAUUCUUUUCGAUGCGGUUUCAAAUAAAUCAAUAGAAAUUGUAAAGCUCUUGUUGAAUAACACUAAAAACUUCAACUCCUACCCAACAGCUAUUCUUAACCAUGCCAUUGGGACGCGGUUUUCAGAAGGAAUCGAUUUGCUCAUCUCUCACGGAGCGGACGUUGUGGAGAAAGACAUCCAUGGUAAUCUCCCCCUUACUUUAGCAGUUAUGUCAAGAAGUAUGGCAUAUGUGAAAUUAAUUUUAGUAACAGGAUCGAGUAAAAUCAGCAAGAAGAAUUUUCAAUUUUUUUUGGAUGCCAACUGUGACGUAAGGUUUUUUACAUCCAACAACAGCAUUAUACAGAUCCAUAAUGCGACUGCGCUGCAUGUUGCUUCCUAUUACGGUCUCAAGGAUCUCGCCGGACUAUUGAUAUCAUACGGCGCUUCCUUAGAAGUUAAAGAUAGACCAUUAAGAUAUUCACCACUUCAUUACGCAUGUGAGAAUGAUCAUGUGGAAGUUGUGAAACUUCUGUUGGAUUCUGGAGCCAACAAAAGUUCUGCCGAUAUCAACGGUACCACUCCCCUACACAUCGCCUGCAGAAAAGGUCUACUUCCAAUUGCUGAAUUACUGCUUUCUGAUCCACCAGCUGCUGUAAACCAAUCAGAUCACAGUGGAUACACGGCUCUUCAUCUGGCAGCAAUGAACGGAUCUCUAGAAAUAGCCAAGUUGUUAUUGACUCUUGAUGCCGAUAAAGAAGCUAAAACUAUUGAUUUCAAAACUCCACUGCAUUUAGCUUCCCGCGAGGGUCAUGAGGCAAUAGUGCACAUCUUAUUGAAAAAAGGAGCUGAAAAGGAUGCAGCUGACAUUGAUGAUAUGACCCCAUUACAUUUCGCCGCAAGAGGAAGACACGUUGGUGUAGUCCGGGAAAUGAUUUAUUUUUGUACAGCUUCCGUUAAUAGAAAAAACAAAAACGGCAGCACACCAUUACAUCUGGUGUGCGAAUGGAACAACAAAUCUGAACGAAAUACAUAUUUUGAAUACCAGAUUGGAAUGUUUUUGCUCUAUUAUGGUGCAGAUAUACAGUCAAAGGACCACAACGAAAUGACACCGUUACAUAUUGCAGCUAGAGACAAUUCUUCUAGAGCUAUAGAGUACCUGUUGGAGCGAAGAGCUUCAAAGGCAGACCCAUUCAGUAGGGAUAGGUUGCUCAACAUACCUAUGCAUUACGCCGCAUUAUUCGGCCAUUAUGAAGUAAUAAUCAAGUUAUUACCCGAAAUUCCAUGGAUGAAUUAUGACAUAAAAAAGCUCAUCAGGCAAACUACAUAUGUGAACAUUUAUGAAGAAACCCCUUUGUUCUUGGCUGCCAGAGAAGGGCACACUAAGGUGGUAGCUUUGCUCUUGCAGGUCGGAGUCGAAAGUCUUCAGCCUGACAUCAAUGGAAGGACAGCUUUGCACCGCAGCGCUGCCAGAGGACACUUCGAAGUAGUGAAACUCCUUCGUCAGGCUCUUUUAAAAAUAGAAAACAAAGAUAAGUGGGGAUUCACUGCUUUGAAUUACGCAGCUUCUUGGAAAGGACAUCAGGAUGUUAUAGGAUACCUUUCGGCUACUCAACUAAACAUCACAUUAUCAUAUUAUUUGAAUAAAUCAAAUCCCUUGGAACCUAAAUUGGAUAAGAUAAGCGCAAUACAGGUGGAAAAAAUUCCUGGCAUAAAAUUGGGAAUACCUUAUUUUUUUAAAGUAAACUCAGGAAAGUUUCGGUAUAUUUAUUCACCUUUAAAUACAUAA